AAUACUGAAUACUAUUCAAAAUACUUGAAUAUAUUUAUAUGGUUUUCCGCGUGUUUGUGCUUGACUGUGUGUGUAUGUGCGAGUGGUGGCAGUUUCAAGUGUGCCUGCAGUUAUUUAUUCUAGUGUGCCAUAGAAAUAUUUCUGGAAUUUUAAGUGGCACGCUAAAAGCGCUGAAUAAAUAUCAUAAAUAUAUAGAUAUAAACCAAAGAAAAAUAAUUUGUGUUGCACAAGAAAAUUUACAUUAGAGCAAGGCGUGGAUACAUAUUGGAUACGAUUUCGCAAGAGCAUCACUAAAAGAAAAAUCAAUUCUAAGGUGUUGCUGCAGCUGCCGCAUGAUCUAUGAGAUGCAACACGCCCACGAUCGCGACAAACAUGCCUGCCAUAAAUCCAUCAGCGCUCUGAAUAAAUCACAACUAGUGACGAUAAUUAAGAAUCCAUGAGUACAUUAUAUACACACACAUACAUACAAUUUUUGGAAGUGUAUUUCCGUUACUUGCAAGGUGAUCAUCAGCAUCCUAUUCCGAUCACUUCAAAGUGGCCGCGUUCAACACACACACACACACAUGUUGCUGGCGAUCAAAGUUGAGCCAAGCGGCAACUGUUGUUAUUUCCAUCCAUAAAUUAGAAGAAAAAGAAAAAAAACACUAGAAGAUCACUGAUCUGCCCAAGAGCGCCACAACCGAAGAGAGAGCGAAAGUGAGCAUGAUUGUGUGAGGGUGGAUAGAGAGCAAACGCUUGAACUAAAGUGGAUUUCCGGUGAAUAAAAAAAAAAACAACAUAUCAACAACAUAUGCGGCACACGACGAAGUUGCUGCUACCCCCAUUUGGCAUUCGAGAGGCGACUCUGCAGUGAGAAAGCAGCAGGCCAAGCGCCACUUCAGGGUCGCAGGAACAGCUACUGUUAAAAAAUAAAUAAAUACAUAUAUAUAUAUUGGAAAAAAACCUAAAGCUGCACAGCAAACCAACUGGAUCCCUGGUUUGAAAACAAAGUAAAUAAAACUGGACUAUGUAAAAUGCUUUAAGUCAUGUUAAUAUUGAAUAUAUCUUAUAACACAAUUAAAUUGCACCUGGAGUCGAUUCUUAAAAAAGUAUUAAGAAAUUAAAUAAGUGUCUGAUAAUAAAUACAUAAUACAUGCCAUAAAAUGUCGUCCAGCUGCUUGAGAAGAAUAAGCAGACUGCUGCUUCUUCUGCUGCUCUUAUGUGCCUCACUUGCAACAGCGCGACGUUCAACACCAGCGAGUAGUUCACAGGAGCUAAACAAGGACUAUGGCAGUCUACCCAUCAACAACAACAACAACAGCAACAUGAAUGCAACACAAGCACAAAACAAUAUCAAUGAUGAUGAUGCGUUUGAUGCCGAUGCGGAUGACGAUGACAAGGCAAGUUUCCCUGGCAGCGCCGGACGCAAUGGCGACGAUACUAAGCAACAGUUUGGGCCCCGCUUUAAGAACCUCAAGCGAAUGAGCACAAUUUAUACGCGACCCUCGGCCUCAACGCUUUCCUUAAGUUGCCCGGCGGUGGGCAAUCCAGAGCCAAAUAUCACAUGGUAUCGCAAUGGAACAAGCGAUUGGACACGUAGUUAUGGCACCUAUAAGAAGACCAGGUUUUAUUUAACCAUGGAGGAUCUGGUGCCGGAGGAUUCGAAUCAGUAUAUGUGCAAGGUGUGCAAUCCCCUGAGCUGUAUCAGUCACGUGAUGACUGUGAUGGUCACCGAUCGGGUAAAUCACAAGCCCAUUCUGAUCACAGGGCCAGAGAACAAAACCCUACUGAUCAACCAAAGCGGAAAAAUGGAAUGCAAAUAUUUGUCGGACUUGACCAGCAAGAAGGCCUGGAUGUUUAUGCCUUGCAAGAGUGUGAACGAUUGCUCCAAGAACCUCACCAUUCUCGCCGAGGAUGUGGACCAUCUUGAGUUCGAGAAUGUCACCCAGGAUCAGGAAGGCUGGUACACGUGCAUCGAGAGCAAUAGCUUGGGUCAGUCCACGAGUCGAGCAUAUUUGAGGGUGGUGCGCAGCUUCCAACUGCUCGAGGCAAAUCUGACCAGUGGGGUUAGGGAAAAUGCCAUGACGGUCAUUGUGAUAACACUGAUUGUAAUACUCGUCAUGCUCGGCAUUUUUGUGGCAUAUGCGGUGAGCAAGAUGAAGAAAGCAAAGUUGCUCAAGCAACGCAUCGAGACAGUGCAUCAAUGGACAAAGAAGGUUAUCAUUUAUAAGCCAUCUAGCGGUGGGGACUCGGGUGGUUCCAUGGACACUAUGAUUAUGCCAGUGGUGCGCAUCGAGAAGCAACGCACCACUGUGCAACAGAGUGGCAAUGAGCCGGCACCGUUCAACGAAUACGAGUUUCCCCUGGACUCUAACUGGGAAUUGACACGCAGUCAACUUAUACUCGGCGCCACACUUGGCGAGGGUGCAUUCGGGCGUGUCGUCAUGGCGGAGGUUAACAAUGCGAUUGUCGCCGUCAAGAUGGUCAAGGAGGGUCACACGGAUGAUGAUAUUGCCAGUUUGGUGCGUGAGAUGGAGGUGAUGAAGAUCAUUGGACGCCACAUAAAUAUCAUUAAUCUGCUGGGCUGCUGCAGUCAGAGUGGACCACUCUAUGUCAUUGUGGAAUAUGCACCUCAUGGUAAUCUCAAGGAUUUCCUCUACAAGAAUCGACAGCUGAGCAAGGAGCAAUUGGACAACUGUUCACAGUCGGCACCGACGGAACCGCAGCAUCUGAUCACCGAGAAGGAUCUGAUCAAGUUCGCCCAUCAGAUAGCACGUGGCAUGGAUUAUCUUGCCUCACGGCGUUGCAUUCACCGCGAUCUCGCCGCCCGCAAUGUCCUCGUCAGCGAUGAUUAUGUUCUGAAGAUUGCCGACUUUGGGUUGGCUCGGGAUAUACAGAGCACUGAUUAUUAUCGCAAAAAUACGAACGGACGUCUGCCAAUCAAAUGGAUGGCGCCCGAAUCGCUGCAGGAGAAAUUCUACGAUUCACAGAGCGAUGUCUGGUCGUAUGGCAUUCUAUUGUGGGAGAUCAUGACGUUUGGAGCGCAACCGUAUCCGGCAAUUAUGUCGGCUGAGGAGCUUUACAGUUAUCUCAUGUCCGGGCAGCGUAUGGAGAAACCGGCCAAAUGCUCGAUGAAUAUAUACAUUCUGAUGCGACAGUGUUGGCAUUUUGAUGCCAGUGCAAGGCCGCCCUUCACGGAGAUCGUAGAGUAUAUGGAUAAGUUACUGCAGGCGAAGGAGGAUUAUCUGGAUGUAGAUGUGGCCAAUUUGGAGACGCCGCCAUCGACCAGUGACGAGGAGGAGGAGGACGAGGAUGCUUCGGAUCUAGAGCAUUCACGAUAUCGUUACUAAAUUAUCGAUAACGAGGACGAGAACGAGAUUGCGAUCAACUACUAUAUACAGUAUAUAUAUAUUCAUAGCUUCCGGGCUAUCUAACGAUAAGUCUGUAAAUCGCUUGAAAUUUUACUGCACCAAAGGCGUAAACCAAAAAUUUUUACUAGUUCUAAGGCAGCUCUAAGAAAUUAUUAUUAUUAAUAUU